UAUUGCCCACUGGUGGUCCCGGUAGUAACAAAAAUGAAACUGAUAGGUAAAAAAGGGGACUUCUGAGCUAUGUAUUAUAUUUAACCUGAAAACGAUAUUUUUCAUAAUAUUGUUAGAAGAUUAUUAAGAAGUUGAGCAAAAAUGAAGGAUAUAGGAGGUACAGUAGCAACAACUUUUCGAGAAACAUUUAAACUAGUUAACAAAGAAACUUUACGAUGGUUUCCUGGACAUAUGGAUAAAGGUUUAAAGCAAAUGGAACAACGUUUGAAGAAUGUUGAUUGUAUAAUAGAAGUACAUGAUGCUAGAGUACCAGUUUCAGGACGUCAAGCAGAUUUUCGUCGUACUUUGACCGGUUUAAAACCACAUAUUUUUGUGUUAAAUAAGAUUGAUUUGGCAGACUUAAAAUUUAAGAAGCAAAUAGUAUCUCAUUUACAGAAUGAAGGAUUGUCUAAUAUUCUUUUUACUAAUUUCAAAGAUUCUACUUGUAAGGGAAUGAAAAAGAUAUUACCUUUGGCAAAAAAAUUAAUAUUAAAUUCUGAACGAUAUAAUAGAAGUAAUGAAGAGUCUUUUGCGAUGAUGAUCAUCGGUAUACCUAAUGUAGGAAAAUCUUCUUUAAUCAAUCGUUUAAGAAAUACUCAUUUAAAAAAAGCAAAAGCUACACAAGAAGGACCUAUAGCAGGAGUAACACGGUCCGUACUAACUCAUAUAAAAAUAUCUGAAAAUCCAGAUUUCUUUUUAUUGGACACUCCAGGUAUUUUAGCACCUCACGUAAAUAAUAUAAAUUGCGGUCUCAAAUUAGCUUUGAUUGGUUGCUUACAAGAUCAUUUGGUAGGAUAUACUACAGUUGCUGAUUUUCUGCUUUUCUCUUUAAAUAAAUAUAAAAAAUAUGAGUAUGUGGAAAAAUUAGGGUUUAAAUAUAUCCCCUGCAGAUAUACCAACUUUACUUUCAUUUUUUACAAAGUGCGCUUGCGGCUUGAAUUGUUUCAUGCACAUGCGUAUAACAUUUUGGCCACUUAUGACGUCACCAUUUCAUAA